AUGAGGGGGCGGGGAGAGAGGACGAUUUCUGCUCCGUGGAUCUUCGUCCUGUGCACCUCCAGCUUCCUCCUCGGCGUGCUCCUCACAGGCAGGUAGGUUGGAGGGGGGGAGGGGGAUCGUCUCUCUUUGCCGGAGUUUUCCUGCUUCCCCCUGGUGUUUCAUCUCUGAUCGAUCGUCAUCGUUGGGUUGAUGCAUUGGCUCCCCAGACUCCACCGAGACGUCUCGGAGUCGAGCGGGCAGAUCAUCCUGCGGCGGCGGCGGCAGGACCAGGAGCUCCGGCUUAUCUCAGAAGAUCUUGCCGUCGGGAAGGUUAGCCUCUCGAACCAGUAUUUUCCAAUGGAAGGAGGAAGAAGGGAAAGACUGCUGCGCGCUCAUUCUGAUCUCGGAAUUGUCUUCUCCGAAACCUGCACCAGAUGCGUACUCCGGCGAGGGACAUCAUGGGGGAGGUAUCCAAGACCCACGAGGCCAUCCAGUAAGUGGGAACUGCCCACAACUGCCGCAGUCUCUGGUUUGGUGGGGAAUUCGUCUGUGAUUUGACAAUGCCGGGUGGGUUUCAGAUCUUUGGACAAGACGAUGUCCACUCUGCAGAUGGAGCUAGCAGCUUCUCGGAGCUUGCAUGGGUCGGCCGUGGAGGGCUCCGUCGCCAUUGUAGGGCCGGGUCAGGAGAGGAAGAAGGCCUUCGUCGUGAUCGGCAUCACCACUGCGUUUAGCAGCAGGAAGCGGAGGGAUUCCCUUAGGGAGACCUGGAUGCCGCAAGGUAUUCAUCUCAGAAUAUCGGGAUUGAAACUGACAUCAAUUACUGCCUCGGUGUGGACAUUUCUUAUAAUUCAUGAGCUUUGUUAUGAUUAUUAUUAUUAUUAUUAUUAUAAUUUUGCCUUCUCGAGUUAUGGAUUUCAAUAUCUCCCCAUCCUGUAAUGGAUUGUGAUCUCAUCCUUGUAAUAAAUAAAUCAAGAUCGCAGUUGUUGAAUUCCCAUGUUUGAUCAGCUUGAGCAGGUGGUCAGUCUGCAUGAGGAUCCUUCCAACUGUCUGCAUGAGAAUUAUGAUCUCAGAUUUUCUCUGAUAGCUUUUUUAUUUUAUUUGUUAAAUUAGGAGAAAAACUCAAGCAACUAGAACAUGAGAAGGGCAUCGUGGUCCGAUUCAUGAUCGGACACAGGUAAUUACAUUCGUCUCAUCCACAUUCUACUAUCAGUGCUUCCCCCCCUGCGUCAGAACACAACUCACAAAUGCAUGCACAGAUCAAUGGAUAUAAAUUAAUAAUUAUACUCUGUCUUCAUUAUUUUCUUCUGAUUUGGAGAUAUAUCAUGAUAUUUAUGGCGAGCAACGAUUUCAGGAAGCUGACAGCAUUCGUCUGAUGCAGUUCCACCUCGAACAGCAUCUUGGAUCAGAAUAUUGACUCUGAAGAGGCGCAGUAUAACGACUUCCUUAGGCUGGUAUCAUAUGGCGCCAUCUUCCCCCACUCCCCACUUUUUUUUUAUUUUAAAUCUAACUGACACAAAUUCCCUUCUUGGAGCUCGUUAUUUAUUUAUUUAUUUAUUUUCAGGAUCAUGUUGAAGGUUACCACGAGCUCUCUGCAAAAACCCAGAUAUUCUUUUCGACCGCAGUCGCCAUGUGGGACGCUGAGUUCUUCGUGAAGGUGGACGAUGACGUCCAUCUCAACCUAGGUCAGACCACUCAGUAAUUCACCAUUUUUCUGCCAUCUCCCCCCUCUCUCUCUCUCUCUCUCUCUCUCUCUCUCAGGACACUCCUCUAACACCUAUCGGACAAGACUCAGGAAUGCUGGCCGCCACCCUCGCCCGGCACAGAUGGAAGCCCAGGACCUACAUCGGCUGCAUGAAGUCCGGGCCAGUUCUCUCUAGAAAGUAAGCACCUCCUCCGGGGCUCUUCUCCAUCCUCUCGGUCAACCCUCUUUUCCCAGCUAUAAUUAGCAAUCCCACUUGAGAAUCUCUGUCUGGGCGGCGGCGCAGGGACGUGAAGUACCAUGAGCCGGAGUACUGGAAGUUCGGCGAGGAGGGGAACAACUACUUCCGGCAUGCAACCGGGCAGAUCUACGCCAUCUCCAAGGAUCUCGCCACCUACAUAUCGAUCCACAAGUAGUAAAAUUUCUCCUCCCCGCCAAAGUUUCUGCUCAUGAACCGAUCACUCAGUGGGGUGGCGGCGCUGCCGCUUCAUUAUCAGGCCGAUACUGCACCGGUACGCCAACGAGGACGUCUCCCUCGGCGCCUGGUUCAUCGGGCUCGACGUGGAGCACGUCGACGAGCACAGCAUGUGUUGUGGAACCCCACCGGGUAGGGAAUAUCUGGACAGUCUCCUUCCUCCAUGAGAUCUGGAUGGUCUUGAGGAUGAUUUUUUUUCCUAAUUUGGUAAAGAUCUUUGCUUCAGACUGUGAGGAGAAGGCGGAGGCGGGGAGCAUCUGUGUGGCCUCAUUCGACUGGGGCUGCAGCGGGAUCUGCAGGUCGGUGGAGAGGAUGAAGCUCGUUCAUGAGAGGUGUGGUGAAGGGAAUGGAGCGGUCUGGAGCGCCUCUCUCUGA